AUCUUUACAGAAAGAUACAUGAGAAAUUGGACAAGAUAUUACAGCAGACGAGCAAUAGAAGCCGAAAGCAUACACCUGAAAAGCCAGCAUUUUUACCAAUAUCAUCAAUAGCGGAUGUUGAAAAAUUUGAAACUGCUAAUGAUGAAGAAUAUAUGACAUUGGUGAAUUAUUUGAUUUUUAUUGGUGGCUUCAAUGCCAAAGAGAGCAUACAUUUAUGCGUAAAAGAGAUUUUUCAAGAUCGCUUAAUGACUUCAUACACUUGGUUUGGUCGUGAAAAUCAACGGCCAUUAUUUAAUACCCGCUUGGUUAAAGCUAUUUAUGAUGCUGUAUGCGAAAAUAAAAAUUUUGAAAAGCCGAUGCGGGCUACAUUCCAAAUGUAUAUGAGAGAUGCUGUGCGAACAGCCAAAAAAAGAAACAGAAAUAAAGUCCGUAACAACUUAGAUCGUGCACAAAGAGGCCAUCAAAAUAAAAGAGCACAUGAUCUGUGGAACGACGAACACGACGAAUACAACGAACACGAGGACGAGGAUGAGAUAGCACAAUCAGAAGGAACAGAAGAAAAUUAGGCAUUGCAGGAAAAACGUAUAUUGCACAGUGUUGCUGGACGGGCUGGAUUUUUCUGCGCAUGCGUAUGU